ACGAGAAAGUGCUGCUUUCCCGGGUCACUUGGCCAGCGGCGGCGGGAUCAUGGCUUUGAAGGACACGGGCAGCGGCGGCAGCACCAUCCUGCCCAUUAGCGAGAUGGUCUCCUCGUCCAGUUCGCCCGGCGCCCCGGCAGCCGCCGCCCCCGGGCCCUGCGCGCCCUCGCCCUUCCCCGAGGUGGUGGAGCUGAACGUGGGAGGCCAGGUCUAUGUGACCAAGCACUCGACGCUGCUCAGCGUCCCGGACAGCACUCUGGCCAGUAUGUUCUCGCCCUCCAGCCCCCGGGGCGGCGCCCGACGCCGGGGCGAGCUGCCCAGGGACAGCCGGGCGCGCUUCUUCAUCGACCGGGACGGCUUCCUCUUCAGGUACGUGCUGGAUUAUCUGCGGGACAAGCAGCUCGCGCUGCCCGAGCACUUCCCCGAGAAGGAGCGGCUCCUGCGCGAGGCCGAGUACUUUCAGCUCACCGACCUGGUUAAGCUGCUGUCGCCCAAGGUCACCAAGCAGAACUCGCUCAACGACGAGGGCUGCCAGAGCGACCUGGAGGACAACGUCUCGCAGGGCAGCAGCGAUGCGCUCCUGCUGCGUGGAGCGGCGGCCGGUGCGCCCUCGGGCCCCGGAGCGCACGGCGGCGGCGGCGGCGCGCCGGACAAGCGCUCGGGCUUCCUCACGCUCGGCUACCGCGGCUCCUACACCACGGUGCGCGACAACCAGGCGGACGCCAAGUUCCGGCGUGUGGCGCGCAUCAUGGUGUGCGGGCGCAUCGCGCUGGCCAAGGAGGUCUUCGGCGACACGCUCAAUGAGAGCCGCGACCCCGACCGGCCGCCCGAGAAGUACACGUCCCGCUUCUACCUCAAGUUCACCUACUUGGAGCAGGCGUUCGAUCGCCUGUCCGAGGCCGGCUUCCACAUGGUGGCGUGUAACUCCUCGGGCACCGCCGCCUUCGUCAACCAGUACCGCGACGACAAGAUCUGGAGCAGCUACACUGAGUACAUCUUCUUCCGACCACCUCAGAAAAUAGUAUCACCUAAACAAGAACAUGAAGAUAGGAAACAUGACAAGGUCACAGAUAAAGGAAGUGAAAGUGGGACUUCCUGUAAUGAGCUCUCCACCUCCAGUUGUGACAGCCACUCAGAGGCGAGCACUCCCCAGGACAACCCACCCAGUGCCCAGCAGGCAACAGCUCACCAACCUAACACCUUAACAUUGGAUCGCCCUUCCAAAAAAGCACCUGUGCAGUGGAUGCCCCCACCAGACAAACGCAGAAACAGUGAACUCUUUCAGACACUCAUCAGCAAGUCCCGGGAAACAAAUCUUUCCAAAAAGAAAGUCUGUGAGAAGCUAAGUGUGGAAGAAGAAAUGAAAAAGUGUAUUCAGGAUUUUAAAAAAAUCCACAUUCCAGAUUAUUUCCCAGAGCGCAAACGCCAGUGGCAGUCUGAACUGUUACAGAAGUAUGGGUUGUAGUAAUUAUCACAUUCCUGCAGUAUUUCAAUGACGUUCAAUGUUUACUACAAUGUCACCGCCUGACUGUGUCCUAACAAUGGUCAGUGUGAUUCUCGCUGCUCUUCCUUUUAGUGAACAGUGGAUGUGGGACAGUAUUUUCUUUCAUUCCUUUUUGUU